AUGGAGCUCUCCCUGUGGCUGCUUCUAGCGUCCUGCCUCUCGCUGGGGGCGGCCAGGGAAUUUGACAGAAGGUGGCCCAGACAAAUCGUCUCAUCUGCAGGACUGUGUCGGUUUGGAAGCAGAAUUGACUGCUGCUGGGGCUGGGCCCGAGUGGCCUGGGGACAGUGCCAACCUAUAUGCCAGCCAGGGUGCAAACAUGGUGAAUGCAUUGGGCCAAACAAGUGUAAGUGCCACCCAGGAUACACUGGAAAAACUUGCAACCAAGAUCUGAAUGAGUGUGGGCUGAAGCCGCGGCCGUGCAAGCACCGGUGUAUGAAUACCUUCGGCAGCUACAAGUGCUACUGUCUGAAUGGCUACAUGCUUAUGCCAGAUGGAACGUGCUCAAAUGCCCUUUCUUGCCUGAUGGCAAACUGUCAGUAUGGCUGUGAUGUCCUGAAAGGGGAGGUGCGCUGCCGCUGUCCUUCUCCUGGGCUGCAGCUUGGGCCUGAUGGCAGGACUUGUGUAGAUAUUGAUGAAUGUGCUACUGGCAGGGUUCUCUGCCCACGAUUUAGGCACUGCGUCAAUACUUUCGGAAGCUACAUUUGCAGGUGUCACAAAGGCUUUGAUCUGAUGUACAUCGGAGGGAAAUACCAAUGCCAUGAUAUAGAUGAAUGUUUCCUUGGCCACCAUCAGUGUGGUAGUUUUUCACAUUGCUACAACACUCCAGGAUCCUACAAAUGCAAAUGUAAAGAAGGGUACAGAGACAAUGGAACAAACUGCAUACAAAGGCCAGUGACCAGGCCCACAGCUCGUCCGACGCCUGUACCAACUCAGCCUGCACCCAGGACAACGACUCGACUGACACCCAAGCCAACCACGAGAUAUGUGCCAGUGACAACAAGCCUGGCCACGACAUCAGUGACAAAGCCUCCUCCUCCAACAACGCCUCAGCCUACAACGGUAAGACCUACACUACCACCACAAACAACUCCUCUGGUAACAACUGAAGAGCCGUCACAUGUUCCCACUGAAACUACAUCUUCCCAAGGAGUUAUAGAUGACAACAGGAUCCAGCCAGAUCCUCAGAAACCCCGAGGAGAUGUGUUCAUUCCACGCCAGCCUGGAGUCAGCAAUAAUCUGUUUGAAAUACUUGAAAUUGAAAGAGGGAUUACAGCUGAUGAAUUUGAAGCAAACGAUGACCCAGGUGUCCUGGUGCACAGCUGUGAUUUUGACAGUGGACUGUGUGGGUGGAUCAAGGACAAAGAUGAUGACUUGCACUGGGAGCCAGUGAGAGAUGCAUCAGGAGGACAGUACCUUACCAUCUCUGAUGCCAAGGGCAAAGAAGGAAGAGUAGCACAUCUUAUCCUGCCAUUGGGGCACAUGGCUCAGGCUGGAGACUUGUGCCUGUCCUUUAGGCAUAAGGUGUCUGGGCUGCAUUCUGGUGCCCUCCAAGCCUUUGUAAGGAAGAAUGGUGCUCACGGUCCAGCUGUUUGGGGAAGAAAUGGUGGCCAUGGCUGGAGACAGACACACAUUACUUUACGAGGACUAGGCAUCAAGAGUGUUAUUUUCAGAGGUGAGAAAGGGAAAGGAAGAACUGGGGAUAUUGGUCUAGAUGAUGUAGUCUUGAGGAGAGGACGCUGCUCUGAAGAGCAUUAGCCAAGACAAUGGACCAGCAGUCAUUUCCUCUUGCCCUUCUUAUGCAAUUCCUACCAAACCUUGAAACAGAACUGCGUGGAAAAGAAUAAAAAGUGGGAGAGCAACUUCUUAGUGGUCUGCUAAGGGCAAUCUCAUGGAAAUUUCACUUAAACACAUGGAGAGCGCCUCUCAGGAUUGAGGAAAUCCAAUCUCAGGCUGGUUCUUUCUUUUAAUUCUUACCCGUAAACCAUAUUUUCUAUGUAAUAACUUUGUUGUCUGGUGAGUAUUCACAAAAAGAGCACUUGUGAAAAAGGAAGAAUUAAUUACAAAUGGUAGCAAAAGGAAGCUCCAUCUCAAAGUUUCAGUGUUAACUGACAGCCAUUAUCAUCCCAUAGUGCUAUCUUUCAUUGAUUAAUUUGUGUGUCACAUUGGAUUAGUGAAAGCUUGGACCUGAACUUUGGCUUACUGCCACUGACCUUUGAAGAAAGGUUUUUCAUAUAUGAAAUAGCAUUUAUUUUGCUGUUGCAUUUACAUUAACCAAAACCAAUUAUAUAGAUUAGGCAUUGCAUCCUGUAAUAUUGCUAUGCUGUGUUUUGUGUAUAUGCGUAUGGUUAACAUAUUUAUGUUUUUAGUACUUACAGGCUGUAGUUGCAGGGUAAUUGGCAGCUGUACUUUUUUUGUACUAGACAGGAGUUCAGCAUCUUCUUCAAUACUGCUGGUCAUGCAAAAUUUUCAAAGUCAGUUAAUGGUGCUCAUUGAAAAAGCUGGUGGAGUUUUUCAUGUUGUAAAGUCCUGAGGGCAAAAGACCAAAGGCUCACCUGAUGGAAACUGGCAUCUGAAAAUGCUGUACAAGUUUGUGUCAAGCUCACAAGGUCUAGGAAGUAGCUCCUGGUUCAGCUGAAGACUGAGCAGCCAGGAGAAGAUGAACUUGUAUUUUGUAAGGUUGAGGCCGUUGACAAAUGCCAGGAAUGAUCCUUUCCCACAGGUGGCACAAGCCUACACACGAGGAAAAAGGGCAGCUGCAUUAACAAUGUGCAAACAAUUCCAACAGUGAAAUGCCUCGAGUGGUCUUUGCCAAAUGUCCAUACUCCAUCCAACCUUCUGUAUAUAAUAAGCAUUUUAUUCUUUAGAACUAGAAAAACUUCUCUAGUGGGAACUAAGUAUUUAUCAAAACUUUGGACUAAUUUUAUAGUUAUGUAUCAUGUGUGCUGUGCAGUUUCCCAGGGAAUUCUUCUGUUUGGUUUGGAAUUUUUAAAGUGGGCAUCAUCAUCACUGCUAGCAAUUAUAAAAUUCACAAAGCAAUUGUAACAUUUAAGAAAAUGACAAGAGAUUGGUAAAAUGCUGUUAGUGGUGCAGCCUUAAAGCUUAAACAAAAAUAGAUCUCAGUUCUUUUGAAUGUAAAUACAGUGUGAAAUAAAUGUCAGCUGCAUAGCACUUUCAGUCUUGUACAAAGUUCACAGACACAAAUUUGGAAGAACAUUAGAGGUAAUAUUCUAAAUCCAUGUUCCUGACAAAAUACCAGUCUGAAAAUAUUUUUCCCAUUCAUCCUCUAGGACAAAACAUGGUGUGUAGAGCAGAAAUGUAUGUGACCAAACACAGAGUCUCCUGCAAAACUGUAUCAGCAAACAUUUUGAAAAGGAAGAAAGCAAUGUGUUUGUAAACAUUAAACUAUUUUGCUUCAAAUAUGAAUAUGAUAUUUUUCUCUUAUGUUACUUUGUGAUAUGUCAGAAAUAUCUGUGAAUAGUGGAAAUACCUUGUCCUUAUUUUAAAGUAAUCAGUAAAAGAGACUGUUACUUGCUACUAA